CAAGAGACAGAGGAGUUUACAGGAGACAGAGGAGUUUACAGGAGACAGAGGAGUUUACAGGAGACAGAGGAGCUUACAAGAGACAGAGGAGUUUACAAGAGACAGAGGAGCUUACAAGAGACAGGAGCUUACAGGAGACAGAGGAGCUUACAAGAGACAGAGGAGUUUACAGGAGACAGAGGAGCUUACAGGAGACAGAGGAGCUUACAAGAGACAGAGGAGUUUACAAGAGACAGAGGAGCUUACAAGAGACAGGAGCUUACAGGUGACAGGGGAGCAUACAAGAGACAGAGGAGUUUACAGGAGACAGAGGAGUUUACAAGAGACAGAGGAGUUUACAGGAGACAGAGGAGUUUACAAGAGACAGAAGAGCAUACAAGAGACAGGGGAAUUCACCAGAGACAGAGGAGCUUACAAGAGACAGGAGUUUACAAGAGACAGAGGAGCUUACAAGAGACAGAGGAGUUCACAGGAGACAGAGGAGUUUACAGGAGACAGAGGAGUUUACAAGAGACAGAAGAGCAUACAAGAGACAGGGGAAUUCACCAGAGACAGAGGAGCUUACAAGAGACAGGAGUUUACAAGAGACAGAGGAGUUUACAAGAGACAGAGGAGUUUACAAGAGACAGAGGAGUUCACAGGAGACAGAGGAGUUUACAGGAGCUGCUGGCUGAGCAGAUGGAAAGAUACAAAGGACUGGAGCGGCUGCUGUCGGAGCUGGAGGAAUUCUUGUUCAUUCUGGAUAAGGAAAAUCUCAGCAGCGCCGCCGUCCUGAAGAAAUCGAUUGUGUCUGAGAUCCUCCAGCUCUUUAUAAAGAGUAACAGCAGCUGUGAUGAGGAAUACAUCUAUAUGAACAAAGUGCUGGAGACAAACAAGAAGGAGGCUCAGGGGAAACCGGGGAAAGCACAAGUCUUGGACCCCCCAUCCAACGAGACCCUCACUAACGGGACGGCCGGACAGCAAUUGGCCCCCCCCCAGAAAAGCCUCCCAGACCUGCCGCCUCCCAAAAUAAAUACAGAGAAGUUACCAGUGUGUAAGUCCGACUCCCCAGAGGGUUACUAUGAGGAGGCCGAGCCGUACAACGCCUACUUUAAUGACGACGGGGAAGCUGUGAGCAGCUCAUAUGAAUCCUAUGAUGAAGACGAGAGCCACAAGGGAAAGUGCACAACGCAGCAGCACCAAUGGCCGUCCACAGAAGCCUCCAUCGAACUGAUGAAAGACGCGCUGAUCUGCGCCUUCCUGUGGCGAAAGAAAUGGCUCGGCCAAUGGGCCAAACAACUCUGCGUCAUUAAGGACUCGCGGCUGCUGUGCUAUAAAACCUCCAAGGAUCACAACCCGCAGUUGGACGUGAGUCUGAUUGGCUGUAGUGUGUCGUACAAGGAGAAGCAGGUCAGACGCAAGGAGCACAAGAUGAAAAUCACCCCAACCAACACCGACGUCAUUGUACUGGGGAUGCAAAGCAAAGAGCAGGCCGAGCAGUGGCUAAAGGUGAUACAAGAUAUCAGUGGUCUCCAGACAGACCCCCUGAGUGACAGCUCUGUGACUCCGGCAGAAGGGCAGAGACAGAACCAUCCCAAGGCAGAGGGGACAGACAGACACUCAGCAGCUUCAGAAAGUGGGAGCAGCACCGAUGGGCACCCCGAGACCCCCGAAAUUAAGGAAGUCAAGAAGAAAGUGACAUCAGGACUGAAGCUGAGUAACCUCAUGAACCUGGGGAGGAAGAAGUCGACCUCCAUGGAGAGUCCAGAAAAGGCCCUGGAAACCUCCAAUUACCUGAAUGUGCUGAUCAACAGCCAAUGGAAAUCUCGCUUCUGCUGCAUCAAGGACAGACAGCUGCAUUUCUACCAAGACAGAAACAAGACAAAAACUGCGGCUCAGCGGGUGUCUCUGAUUGGUUGCGACAUCAUCCCGCAGCCCACCCAGGACCACCUCUAUUCCUUCCGCAUCCUUCAACAUGGGGAGGAGCUGGCCACCUUAGAGGCCAAAUCAUCGGAGGAUAUGGGCCACUGGCUUGGGCUUCUCCUGUUAGAGUCCGGCUGCAGAUCCGACCCGGAGGAUUUCAGUUAUGACUAUGUGGAUGCUGAUCGGGUUUCCUGCAUUGUCAGCGCCGCCAAGAACUCCUACUUCUUAAUGCAGAGGAAAUACUGUGAGCCCAACACUUACAUUGAUGCCCCACGUGGGGAGAGGUACCAGCAGGAUUAUCUCUAUGAUGACGUUGAUGUGCCAGAUAUUCAGGGAGAUGAGCCUAGGCCGGAAGAGAAGGGUGAGGCACAAGACAAGACGUAUCUGGAUAUUCUUCCCAGUAAAUCCUUUCUACAAUGUGCUGGGAUGAAGGCUCUUUGCAAGGCCUUGGGGUCCCCGGGGCCCGAGAGAGUCAGCGGGAGGAAAGAUAAGGAGGAGGGUGAGCAGGGGACAUUACUCAGGAGGGAACAAGACUCUUCUGGGCAGACGACUGAGGAGAAUAAACAGGACACAGAAGACCCCCCAACACAAGCUGCUCCUGAUCCCCCGAUUAUUGGAACGGCGGUGACUGCCAGUCCCAGGCUGGAGAAAAUCACCAAGGAGAGAGUGAAGGUGACUAAUCACGUGGCCAUAGAAACGUUGCUGGGGAAGAACCGGACAGAAGCAGAGAUAAAGCGUUUCACAGAAGAGAAGGAGAAGCUGGAGAAAGAGAGAGAAGAGAUCCGGGUUCAGCUGGCGCAGCUACGCAAAGAACGGCGGGAGAUGAAGGAAACGGUCACUCAAUGUCCAGAUAAAAGUCUCCUGGCUGACCUAGAGAAUAAACUGAGGAUGAAAGAGGAGGAGUGCAAGGAGAGAGAAAGUUUCUGUGUUGACCUGGAGCUGAAACUUGUGGACGUGAAGGAGAAUCUCAGGAAGGCCGAGCUGGGUCCGGCAACAUUAGGGACCACUGUAGAACCUGCACACCUGGACGCUGCCCCCAGUAUAAAAUCCUGCAGUCUCAUGCAUGUCCCAGAAUGCCCUCCGGUAACAGCAACGAUCGGCUCACCAGUAAAUUCAGCCAUGGCGCUAAAAAGCAGAGCCCAGCCAAUCAUGACCACUGGAAAGGGAACAGUUCUUCAGAAGGCAAAGGAGUGGGAGAAGAAAGGCGCAAGUUAGGAGACCAAAGAACCUCUUCAUGGACUGAGAAACUUGUGUCAUGUGGACUUAUUGGACAGCGGCUCCACCGAGCUUUAAUAUUGAGAUGACACCAAGAUCAUCACAGGAGUGGUCAUCAAGUCUUCUGAGCAGCCAGUUGUCCCAGCUCUGAGGGUUGACCACUUGCACCAUCAAUGGAGCAAACCUGCCCUAGAUAGACCACAAUGGGGUAUGCUAACUUGCAAAAUGCUCCAUGACCACUAACUUUUCUGGUGGCUUGCACAUUCUAGUAGGGUUCUGAAGUGGGUCGCCCCAAGCAGAGAGAGCAGAUUCAUUUUUGUGUAUUUUUGUGAUUCGAUGUCUGAUUAGGUUGUACUGCCUCCAUGUUUAAUAUAGUUUAUGGAUUAGCAUCAGGGGAGAGCCGCAUUCUCCACCAAACUCAAUGCAGGACAGGGAUGUGUCUCAGUAUAGCGAAUAGUUUGGAAGACUCCACUUCCCUGGAGUUUUUUCUCCAAUCUUACCGCAUGUGACCAAAAACUAAGGUGCAUUUCCACAUGUUAUUACUGGAGGGAACAUGCGAGAUCCCAAAUAUUUAUUAACUGUGAAACAAUGUGUCUGCCGGAGGUCUAAUCCCUGUGUUUGAUGGAAUUUGCCUUUUAUCGACGUUUGGUCGAAUCCGUGGCACCCAGAUCCAGGGCAGGAGACCACCAUCAGGUACCAGGAAGGCCCGAGUUGUGGAUAAGAGGUUUUUAAUAAAUUGUGAUCAUACUUUGUACAUAAAUAUAUAUAUAUAUAUAUAUAUAAACAAUGACUGUAUUUAAAAGAAAAGAAAAAAA